CCCGCCCCCCCAACUUCGCACUGUCAAAGCCCGUCAUGCUGGCGUCACCAUGCCAUACCCCCUCCCGCCCGGUGUUCAGCGGAGGUAAUACGUACCGCAAGAAACGAAAGCCUCGCGCUCGGACUUUACAUGCCUUCCGGGCGAACUGCAGCCUCGCACCUCCACAGCGACCAACUCGCCGACCAUCUCGAUGGCGAUGGAGAAGGUACGUAACGAAGCUUGGCGCCUCCCUGGAUGUCUCUGUCGACCCUGAUGGGCUCCAGAGGUGCGCAAAUGGAAGGCUAGUAGCAACCCAAACCGGUGGCGGCUCGUUAGAGCGACUUCCAGUAAAUCCCCUUUCUGUUUUCAAAGACAGAAAUCACCAUGGAGACCAGAUUUCGACGUGCACGAGGGUCUCCAAGACUCAAUCCAACCCGGCUCUUCCCGCAACUUCACGCGCGAGACGCGCGUUUUCAAGGGGUAAGCAACCAGACCCAAACCCAAACCAUCAGCAACAUACACACCGAGCCUUGGCUCUCAUGCCCGCUUAUGGCAGCGCUCGAUUGCGCCAUUUGCACAUGUUCUCGCUGACAAACAGGGUGGGACAGGGUGGGACAGAUUGCGGGUGGCACAGCCAUGGAAAAAGACACCGCGCUGUCGUCGCCAGGUUCGGGCUGUCGUCGCCAGGUCUAUAAAAAGGCAGGGCCCCCGGGCAUCCCGUUUUGAUUCCUCGCACU